CCGGACGAGGCGGAAAGGCGGCGGCUGCUCGACGCGCUCCUCGCCGCGGUGCCGCACUCCCUCACCGACUCGCAGCUCUCCAGGUAGCGAGGUCUAGCCGAGACCUGGCACCUGGCCCGAGGCGUGGCCCGAGAUCGCGUCGACUGCCGCCUCCACCUGCGUGCCGCCUCCACCUGCCGAGAUCGCGUCGACUGCCGCGCCGCCGAGGUCUAGCCCGAGGUCUAGCCCGAGGUCUAGCCCGAGGUCUAGCCCGAGGUCUAGCCCGAGACCAGCCGCGCCGCUUGUCAGGCUCGCCGGCAGCACGUCUGGCCUCGUGCGGGCGGACCUGCUCGCCCUCACCCGCCAGGCGAUCGCCCUCGCCAUCUCGCGGCUGCGCAGCGGGGCCGCGUCGGCACACGGCGCGGGGCAGCAGGCGGCCGGGGCAGCGGCGGCCGGGGCAGCAGCGGCCGGGGCAGCCGACGGCGCGGGGCGGACAGGCGUGGCGACGGCGAGGCGGUCGGACGCCUCGUCGCCGCGUGCCGGGGUGGCAGCGGAGGUUGGGGCGGCCGGGGCGGCCGGGGCGGCCGAGUCCGCCCUCGUGGUGGAGCGUUGCGACUUCGAGGCGGCGCUGCCGCACGUGCGGCCUGGUCCGCUGCGGGGGCGCGAGAUGAGCGUGCCGGCCGUGUCGUGGGGAGAUGUCGGCGGGCAGGGGCGGCUCAAGCAAGCGCUGCAGGAGGCGGUGGUGUGGCCGCUCGAGCACGCGGGCCGGUUCGCGCAGCUCGGGAUCCGGCCGCCUCGAGGCGUGCUGCUCUACGGUCCUCCCGGCUGCUCAAAGACGCUCGCGGCGCGCGCCCUCGCCGCAGACACGCGCACAAGCUUCCUCGCCGUCAAGGGCCCCGAGCUCCUCUCGAAGUGGGUUGGCGAGUCGGAGCAGCUGGUGGCGUCCCUCUUCCGCAAGGCGCGCGCGAGCGCACCCGCCAUCGUCUUCUUCGACGAGAUCGACGCGCUCGCGCCCGUCCGCUCCGGUGGGAGCCAGGUCUCGACGCGCGUCCUCUCGCAGCUGUUGCACGAGAUGGACGGCGUGGAGGCGCUCACGCGGGUCGUUGUCAUCGCGGCCACCAACCGGCCCGACCUGAUCGACCCAGCGCUGCUGCGGCCGGGCCGCUUCGACCGCAUGAUCUACGUCGCGCUGCCGGACGAGAGCGAUCGGAGGGAGAUCCUCCGCGUGCAUACGGCCCGAAUGCCGCUCGCGGGGGGCGUGUCCCUCCACGCGCUCGCGGAGGCGACGCGCGGCUACUCGGGCGCCGAGCUGGCCGCGCUGUGUCGCGAGGCGGCGCAGCUCGCGCUGAGCGACAGCCUCGAUGCGUGCGAGGUGACGGAGCGGCACAUUCGGUCCGCGCUGGAGGCGGUGCCGCCGCGGACAGACGCCGCGAGCGUCGCGCAGCUCGAGCAGUGGGCGGAGGGCGGCUGAGAGGUGAGAGAUGGAACGUCCUCAAGAGACGGCGUGUGUGCGGUGUGCGACCCCCACAGGCUGAGCACACAGGACCCCCACAACGCACAAAACACGACAAAAGCGAAAACGAGCGGCCCACAAGCCGCAGCGGGCAGCGGCCAGCGCGCACCGGCUGUCUGCUGUCAGCUGGGUCUUUAAGCGCGUGUACAGCUUGUUCGGUUUAAGUAGAG